AGGGAGGGAGGGAGGGAGCGGAAUUAGUCAGUGGUAGAGGGGAGGAGAGGAGGCGAGGAGGCGGCGGGCUGUUCUGCCGAGGUGGACGUGGCGGGUCCGGCCGAGUGAGCUACAAGUGACGGACGGAGGACCGAACCGGGCGGACAGCCGGCCAUGACGCGGACCCCCCUCAGGCUGGUCCCGGUCAGGUGAGGCUGGUGAUCCUCUCAGGGACACGCCCCCUGGCCCCCGGCCCCUCCUCUCUCAGGACAGGUAGAUCUCUCCGGCAGCUGAGGGGAGGGAGGAGGAGGUCGGACCUCAGCGAUACUUCAGGUGUCGGACAGAGUGAGACGAGGAUAAGCUCCACCCCCUCACCAUGACAGACUUGGAGGCCGAGUGUUUGAGUCUCGGCUUGCCCCCCGACUGCGGCUCCCCGUCCCCGCCCCUGGACGCCUCCCUGCAGGCGGACUGCGGCUCGGGGUCGUCCGCAGCCCCAACCCCAGCGCCGCCCACUCUGGCCCUCCUCUCCGCCGACUGCCCGACGCCCACGCUCAGCUCGCUGGCGGCAGAGAUCGUCGAGCCGCUAGUGAUGCUUCCGUGCGUGAAGAGCGAGCCAGAGGAUGGAGAGCUAGACCCCAUCGGCACCGUGGACCUGUCCGAGAUCCAGCCGCUGUCCACUGCCGAGCUGGGCCGCGAGCAGAUCAAGAUGGAGAUCAGCGGCCUUGACUACAUCAAGUCGGAGCAUCACUGUCACCAUGGCAACCACCACCACCACCACCACCACCACCUGGGCCCGUUUCACCACGGAGACAUCGCAGAACUGGAGUACAAGUCGCAGUACGAGCCCGGCUCCGUGUUCGACUACAUCUCCCAGGUGACUGACACUCUGGACUACAUCAAGUCCGACCACCAUGUAGACCUUCAGUGUUACUACACCACCGAGCUCGGUUCCGCCAACGCCAUGUCGGCCCACCUGCAGCAUAACGGCCUGGAGUCCAUCCACAUGGCCGAGCUGCGCACCGAGCUUAACAAGCUCCGCCCAGACUCCCUGCUCCUGGACGGCGGCAUGGUCAAACCAGACCCCGAGUUCGUAGGCGGAGCUCUGUACGAGCUGCAGCCGGCCGAGCACGGGACGGGAGGAGGAGUCAUCGUUACCAAGACCCAGAGCCCGACGGUGAGGAAACCUCGCAACAUGCAAGGGGAGAAGCCGUUCUCCUGCACACAGUGCGGGAAGAACUUCAGCACGCUGGGAAACCUGAAGACGCACCAGCGCAUACACACUGGCGAGCGGCCGUACUCCUGCUCGCAGUGCGGCAAGAGCUUCGGCCAGGCGGGCAACCUGAAGCGCCACCAGCUGAUCCACACGGGCCAGAAGCCGUACGUGUGCGCCCACUGUCCAAAGGGCUUCACCAAGGCCGAUGACCUGCGCUCGCACCAGCGGCUGCACACCGGCGAGCGGCCGUUCAUCUGCGUCACGUGCGGGAAGAGCUUCGGCCAGUCGAAGGAGCUGAAGGCGCAUCAGCUGAGCCACACGGGCGAGCGGCCGUUCUGCUGCCAGCACUGCGGCAAGAGCUUCACCAAGGAGACAAGCUACCGCAACCACGUGCAGAUCCACACGGGCGAGAAGCCCUUCACCUGCUCGCAGUGCGGUAAGACUUUCAGCAACUCUGGCGUGUUAAAGACGCACGAGAAGAUCCACACGGGCGAGCGGCCAUUCGGCUGCACGCAGUGCGGCAAGAGCUUCGGCCGCCUCGGCCACCUGAAGGCCCACCAGCAGAUCCACACGGGCGAGCGGCCGUACGCUUGCCCGCACUGUGCCAAGACUUUCAGUCAGUCGGGUCACCUGAAGGCCCACGAGCAGAUCCACCGGCGGGAGCGAGGGGACACGGCGAGCGGCGGCGGCAGCAGCAGCAGCAGCAGCGUGGGCAGCGACAGUAGCUAAGGAAGCCCGUGACCUUUAACCUUGCGGAACACAAAGUAUUAUUCCCUUUUUUUUUAUAAAUAUUAUCUAUAAAGUUUUUUCCUUAUGAAUUUUUCUUACAUUUGAAUAUUUUAAUACCUUUGUGCUCUUGUUGAUCAUGUUUGUGUUGGACGACGGAUUUGUUCUGAUGCAAGUGUCUGUGUGAGGUGGAGGGGCUUGUAGAUAAUCUGUGAACUGGUCUCUCUCUCUCUCUCUCUCUCUCUCUCUCUCUCUCUCUCUGUCUCUCUCUCUCUCUCUCUCUCUCUCUCUCUCUCUCUCUCUCUCUCUCUCUCUCUCUCUCUC